CUCCGCGUAAUAACUCUGAGAUCAAUUUAAGUGAUUACUAGUAUUAAUCAUUCAAUUAGGCCUUAACUAAUAUUUUACCCCUUGCAUGUUUUAAAUUAAUGAUGGUAGCUCUCUGGUUGUGCCAUAUCUGUUUAGCAAUCAUUUCAGAUUCCCAAAUUCCUGCUACAUUUUGACUGCUAAUCGGUUGGAAAUUUUUGUUGAGAGUUCCAUGGAAAAAAAUAAAAAUCAAAAAUUGAGGGGGGUUUAUGACUAAAUCCGAGAGAAGCUAAGUAAGUGGUGUCUCUGUUCUUCAUCACCUAAGGAGAACCCAAAAAAAAUGUCUGAGAUUAUUCAUCAUUGGAUCCAAAUCUCGCCUCCUUCUUCUUCUUCUCCUUCUCCUUCUCCUUCAUCAGCUCCUCCUCCUAUUACCGUGAAUCAAUCGAGCAAUUCAUCUUCCGGUGGUAUUCGAAUAAACCCAAUCCUUCUGUUCGUCAUCAUUCUCUUGUCCGUCGUCUUCUUCAUCUGCAGCGUUCUGCAUUUGGUGGUGAGAUAUUACUUGAAGAAGAAAAGAUCGAGCCUUUCGUCUUCAGCGACGGGAUCCGAUCGGAACCCAGAAUUCUCCGACUCCGAAACUUACCAAAGACAGCUUCAACAGCUGUUUCAUCUCCACGACUCAGGUCUAGAUCAAGCUCUAAUCGAUGCCCUUCCCGUGUUUCUCUACAAGGAAAUCAAAGGCUCGAAAGAGCCGUUCGAUUGCGCAGUGUGUCUCUGCGAAUUCUCAGAGGACGAUAAGCUCAGAUUGCUCCCGAUUUGUAGUCACGCCUUCCACAUCGAUUGUAUCGACACAUGGCUCCUCUCGAAUUCGACAUGUCCUCUCUGCAGAGGAACCCUUUACCCUAUAGGGCACCAAUUCGAUAACCCGGAUUUCAAUUUCGGGUUUUUCGCCGCCGGAGAAGAUGGAGCUAGGGUUUCUCCGGUGCAGAAACCGGCGGAGAAUGAUAUCAUGAGCGGGAAGAGAGUGUUUUCAGUGAGGCUUGGGAAGUUUAGGAGCACCAACAUUAAUACUGGUGGUGAAGGAGGAGGAGGAGGAGAGACAAGUGGUUCUGUGAGUGUGAACAGUAAUCUUGAUAACAGAAGAUGCUUCUCAAUGGGUUCUUAUCAGUACAUAGUGGCUGAAUCAGAUCUGGUCGUGGCUCUUUGUCCGAAUAAUGAAGGUCUGAAGAAUGUGAAAGAAGGAGAUAGUAAUCUUGAAGGGAAGAAGAUAAACAUGAGAAGUAAAGGUGAGAGCUUUUCCGUCUCAAAGAUUUGGCAAUGGUCAAAUAAAAGAUCAAAGUUUGCAAAUCAAGCAGAAACCAAUCUGGUGGGUUCUUCUUCUUCUUCUUAUGCUUGUUCUGCAUCUGGUAGUACAGUUGCUCCUGGGUUAUCAUUGAAUGGUAGGAGAUUUCAGGGUCCAUGAGACAAGGGUAGGUACAGAUCAAAGGGUAGCUUAUUUUCUGCCAUUGAUUUAAUUAAAUCAUUGAUUUUGGGUUUUUGAAAAUUCAUUUUGUUAACACUAUACCUUAGUGGUGGUCUUUUGUGUCUCUGUAGCUGAAUCUCUUUGUGUUUGUUGAGGGGAAUAAGCUUGUUCUUUGAUUAUGUUAUAAGGGAAGUUUCUGUUAAUCCCCUGUUCUAGUCGAACUCUGUUCAUAAACAGUCGAGUUUGUUAGUUUGAACUUAUGAAGUAGAUGAGAUU